UUACUGAUAAUUUCAUAUUUUCAGAUGCCAGGGAUUGAAGCAUUCCAGUUUAUCAAGCCUAUUAGUCGUGGUGCUUUUGGGAAAGUGUUUUUGGGCUGCAAGAAAGAUAAUCCCUCUCAGCUGUAUGCCAUUAAAGUGGUGAAGAAGUCAGACAUAGUUAACAAGAAUAUGGUAGAACAAGUCAUCACAGAGAGAGAUGCCUUGGCCCGAACUAAAAGUCCCUUUUGCGUGCAACUCUAUUAUUCCUUGCAAACUGUUUGCAAUGUCUAUCUGGAGAAUUCUGUGGCACAAGCACGGUCAUUCAUUGAAGCUUGGUAA